GAACAGGAAGCUAAGGAUUUGCACGAAACGAAAGUAAAAAUGGACUCCAGUCUACGUCUAUCGAAUUGCAAACAUAAAAAGUAAAAUAGAACAAAUUAAAAAAGUCAAUAUGGAAAGUUCAGUAGAAGAUCAAGGAUCAGAGAUUGGCACCGCCUCUGAAAUGAGUGUCUCUGGAGAGAGGAAGGACGACACUGCCUCUGAAAUGAGUCUAUCUGGAGAGAGAGAGAAGGACACUGCCUCUGAAAUGAGUGUCUCUAGAGAGAGAGAGGAGGACACUGCCUCUGAAAUGAGUCUAUCUAGAGAGAGGAAGGACGACACUGCCUCUGAAAUGAGUGUCUCUAGAGAGAGAGAGGAGGACACUGCCUCUGAAAUGAGUCUAUCUAGAGAGAGGAAGGACGACACUGCCUCUGAAAUGAGUCUAUCUAGAGAGAGGAAGGACGACACUGCCUCUGAAAUGAGUGUCUCUAGAGAGAGAGAGGAGGACACUGCCUCUGAAAUGAGUCUAUAUGGACCAAGAGAAAAGAGAAGCACUGUCUCCAAAAGAGGUUUAUCUGGGGGAAAUGACAACACAGCCAAAAGGAUCAGACCAGCCUCACCUGCACCCAGCUGUGUGUCUAUGAAGAGUAACAAGUCUAUGACUCCACCUAUCACGUUCAAAGACAUUCCUACUGAACACAGUAUUGAACAGCCGAGACCAGCCUCACCUGUACCCAGCUGUGUGUCCAUGAAGAGUGACAGGUCUAUUGAACCACCUCCACGUUUCAGUUCAGAAGAUGGGCCUUCUAAUGAGGAAGGAUAUCAGCAGGACACACAGUCUGAACAUCUGUCCUCUGUAUUCACGGAGCUUGAUGAGACUGUCAUCACAUAUGUGAAGAACGAGCUGAAAAGGUUCAAGAGUAUUCUGAGUUCAGAUUUCCCAGAAGGCUUAGAGAGUGAGAACCAGGAAGUGGUGGACCCUGAACAUCAGAAGCAGGAGAGCAGUGCCCGAAAGGGAGCUCUGAAGAUCACACUGCACGUCCUGAGGAACAUGAACCAGAAGGAGCUGGCAGACAAACUGGAGAAAAGGGUGCAUCCUCAUCAUAAACUCACACGGAAACUCAAAUCUAAACUGAAAAAGAAGUUUCAAACUGUGUUUGAGGGCUUAGCUAAACAAGGAAAUCCAACGCUUCUCAAAAAGAUCUACACAGAGCUCUACAUCAUCGAGGGUGAGAGUGUAGGGGUCAGUGAUGUACACGAGGUGAGACAGAUUGAGAUGACAUCCAGUAAAGCAGCAAGACUAGAGACAGCCAUCACGUGCAACAACAUCUUUAAACCAUCGGAAGGACAAGACACAUUCAUCAGAACCGUUCUGACAAAAGGUGUCGCUGGCAUCGGAAAAACUGUCUCUGUGUGUAAGUUCAUCCUGGACUGGGCUGAGGGAAUAGCUAAUCAGGAAAUCCAGUUCAUCUUUACACUCCCAUUCAGAGAGCUGAAUUUGAUGAAAGGAGAAGAGCUCAGUCUGAUCGAACUUCUUCAUCGCUUUUCUGAUGAAACAAAAGAAUUGGAAAUCACCUACUACAACAAGAACAAUGUUCUGUUUGUCUUUGAUGGUCUGGAUGAGUGCCAGCUGCCCCUAACCUACAAAAAGAGGUGGUGUGAUGUCACAAAGCCCACCUCAUUGGAUGUGCUGCUGACAAACCUGAUCAGAGGAAACCUGCUUCCAUCUGCUCUCAUCUGGAUAACCACUCGACCUGCAGCAGCCGAUCAGAUACAUUCCCAUUGUGUUGACCUGGUGACAGAGGUACGAGGGUUCAAUGAACCACAGAAGGAUGACUAUAUCAUGAAGAGAUGCAGGGAUAAGAUCCUGGCCGAUAAAAUCAUCUCACACAUCAAGACAUCAAGGAUCCUCUACAUCAUGUGCCACAUACCAGUCUUCUCUUGGAUUACUGUCACAGUCCUUGAACACACGCUGAGCACAGAGAAGAAAGAGAAGAUGCCCAAGACCCUGACUGAGAUGUACACAACCUUCCUGGUGUUACAGACCAAACAGAAGAAAGUGAAGUAUCAGGAGAAAGCUGAGACAGAUCCACAUUGGGAUGAAGAGAGCAUUCAGAGUAUUCUGUCACUGGGAAAACUGGCCUUUGAACAGCUGGAGAAAGGCAACCUGAUUUUCUAUGAAGACGACCUGACAGAGUCCGGUAUUGAUGUCCGUGAUGCCUCUGUGCACUCAGGAGUGUUCACACAGAUCUCCAGAGAGGAGAGUCCAGUCUUCCAGGAGAAGGUGUUCUGCUUCGUCCAUCUGAGCUUCCAGGAGUUCCUGGCUGCUUUGUUUGUGUUUUGGUCUCUUCUUAACAAAAAUGUAAAUCUCAUGUCUGAACCUCAGUUCACCUCAUCCACAUCUGAAAUUGAGCUCUACAAGAGUGCUGUGGACAAGUCCUUGCAGAGUGAGAAAGGACACCUGGACCUUUUCCUCCGCUUCCUCCUGGGCCUCUCACUGGAGUCCAACCUGACACUCUUACGAGGACUUCUGCCUCAGACAAGAACCAUGUCGAGUCGUGAGGAAACAGUCAGGUACAUCAAGAUGAAAAUAGGAGAAAAUCCCUCGCCAGAGAAAUGCAUGAAUCUGUUUCAUUGCCUGAAUGAACUGAAUGAUCAUUCUCUAGUGAAGGAAAUCGAAUACUAUCUGAGGCCAGGAUGUCUCCCAAGCAAGCAAUUGUCAUCUAGACAGUGGUCAGCUUUGGUAUUUGUGUUACUGACUUCAGAAGAGAAGGUGGAUGUAUUCGACCUGAAGAAAUACUCCAGAUCAGAGGAAGGUCUUUUGAGGCUGUUGCCAGUGGUCAAAAUCCGUAGCAUUGCUCUGCUGAAUGACUGUAACCUCUCAGAACGGUGCUGUGAAGCACUAGCCUCGAUUCUCCCCUCCUCAGAUCUGAGAGAACUUGACUUGAGUAACAACAACCUGGGGGAUUCAGGCAUGAAUCUGCUCUCUGCUGGACUGGGGAGUCGUCACUGCAAACUGGAGACACUGAGGCUGUCAUGCUGUCUGAUCACAGAGGAAGGCUGUGCUUCUCUGGCCUCAGCUCUGAGAUCCAACCCCUCCCUCCUGAGAGAACUGGACCUGAGCUACAAUCAUCCAGGAUACUCAGGUGUGAAGCUGCUCUCUGCUGGACUGGAGGAUCCACACUGCAAACUGGAGACACUCAAGCUGAAUGACUGUAACCUCUCAGAACGGUGCUGUGAAGCGCUAGCCUCAAUGCUGCCCUCCUCAGAUCUGAGAGAACUGGACCUGAGUAACAACAACCUGGGGGAUUCAGGCAUUAAGCUGCUGUCUGAUGGACUGGGGAGUCCUCACUGCAAACUGGAGACACUGAGGCUGUCAGGCUGUCUGAUCACAGAGGAAGGCUGUGCUUCUCUGGCCUCAGCUCUGAGAUCCAACCCCUCCCACCUGAGGAAACUGGACCUGAGCUACAAUCAUCCAGGAGACUCAGGUGUGAAGCUGCUCUCUGCUGGACUGGAGGAUCCACACUGCAAACUGGAGACACUUAAGUAAGGGGAGAUCACGUCAAAUACAUUUUCUAAUGACUAAUGCGAGUCAGAUGGCUGAGCGGUGAGGGAGUCGGGCUAGUAAUCAGGAGG